CCGCAGCCAUGGGCAUCCGAGGCAUGCUGCGAGCCGCCGCGCUCCUGCUGCUCAUUAGGACUUGGCUGGCAGAGAGUAACGACCCCAGUCCCACCCCAAAAUUCCACUUCGAGCUCUCCUCCAGCACGCCUGAAGUCAUCCUGGAUCUCUUCAACUGCAAAAAUUGUGCAAAUGAAGCUGUGGUUCAAAAGAUUUUGGACAGGGUGCUGUCAACAUAUGAUGUCCAACUGAGACCAAAUUUUGGAGGAGCUCCUGUACCUGUGUCAGUAUCUAUAUAUGUCUCCAGUAUUGAACAGAUCUCAGAAAUAAAUAUGGACUAUACAAUCACAAUGUUUUUGCAUCAGACCUGGAAGGACACACGCUUAGCUUACUAUGAGACCAACCUGAACCUGACUCUGGAUUAUCGGAUGCAUGAGAAGCUCUGGGUUCCUGACUGCUACUUUGUGAAUAGCAAAGAUGCCUUUGUGCAUGAUGUAACUGUGGAGAAUCGUGUAUUUCAACUUCACCCAGACGGGACAGUUCGAUAUGGCAUCCGACUUACCACAACAGCAGCCUGUUCCCUGGAUCUGCAAAACUUCCCUAUGGACAAACAAUCCUGCAAGCUGGAGAUGGAGAGCUAUGGCUACACCAUCGAAGACAUUGUAUUAUCCUGGGAAGAUGAUAAUGCUAUCCACAUUACUGAUGAGCUGCAUAUCCCUCAGUACACCUACCUGGGGAGGACAAUUACCAGCAAGGAGGUGUACUUCUACACAGGCUCCUACAUGCGCCUGAUAGUGAAGUUCCAGGUACAGAGGGAAGUCCGCAGUUACCUUGUGCAGGUCUAUUGGCCCACAGUCCUCACCACCAUUCUCUCCUGGAUAUCAUUUUGGAUGAACUAUGAUUCCUCUGCAGCCAGGGUAACUAUUGGAAUAACUUCGAUUCUUGUCCUGACUACCAUCGACUCACAUAUGCGGGAUAAACUCCCCCAUAUUUCCUGUAUCAAAGCCAUUGAUAUCUACAUCCUUGUGUGCCUGUUCUUCGUUUGCCUGUCCCUGCUGGAGUACGUCUACAUCAACUACCUUUUCUUCAGCCAAGUGCCUCGACGUAAUCACAGGAGAUGCCGGAAACCCAGAAGAGUUGUUGCCCGAUACCGCUACCAAGAAGUGGUGGUAGCAAAUGUGCAGGAUGGCCUGAUUAAUGUAGAAGACAGAGUGGAAGACAGAGCUGGCCCCCUUCCUGAUAGCCCCAUGCAAGCUCAUCUGGCAAGCCAGGAAAGUCUAGGAUCCUUGGCGUUCACGUCAAAGCAGGCCCAGCUGGCUACCUCGGAAAGCCUCAGCCCACUCUCUUCUGUCUCAAUCCAGGCCCAAUUGGCCACUGGAGAAAGCCUGAGUGAUCUGCCCUCCACCUCUGGGCAAACACUGCCUGAUUGUACCAUUCACUUUCAUGGCUUUCCUACUAAUGACAGUAUUAUCCCCAUCAAAAUCCACAGCCGUUCUGAUGCCCUUGAUGAUGACGACUCCGAAGAAAGCCUAAGCUCUAAGGAGAGCCAUGGCCAUGGAAGCAGCCCCACUGGAAGGCUCAAGCUCCAGAUUAGCCAGAGGUGUGUGCAAGAAGCAAGUUGGGACCUUGAUAAAAUUGAGAGCUUAUAGGAUGACAUCAGUAUCACGAGCAGCUGGCUUGGCCUUGAUGAACAAUGCAAGGGGGAUGCUGACAGUAUCUGGAGCCUUACUGAUGAGGAGCUGUUGGCCUGUGACCAAGAGAAAGACAGUACCUCAGAGUCUGAGGAGAAUUGCUCCCCAAGCCCUGGGUGCUCCUUCAAUGAAGGGUUCUCUUUUCAGCUCUUUAAGCCUAACCGGGUCACUAAGGUUGAUAGAUGGUCCCGUUUCCUCUUCCCUCUUUCCUUUGGGCUGUUUAAUGUAGUUUACUGGUUAUACCACGUCUAUUAG